CGCAGAACCGGCCCACCAUUGAUUAAACCUGUCAGAGAAUCAGCUGAUCGUUUAUUCUCGUACGUGCAAUCAGCUGUGCGCAGUCAUGGACGCUCUGACCGAAGAAGAUUUUGCGUUACCUCCUGUUAAAUACGAAUAUCUGGAUCACACGGCCGAUGUUCAGUUACACGCGUGGGGCGAUACUUUGGAGGAAGCUUUCGAACAAUGUGCCGUGGCCAUGUUUGGAUACAUGACGGAUUUGGAGUGGGUUCAAAUGACACAAGUGCACAACAUCGACGCCGAGGGACACGACAUGGAAAGCCUGCUUUUCCAUUUUCUUGACGAAUUGUUGUUCAUGUUUAGCGCCGACCCAUUUAUCGUUGCAAAGAAAGUCAAGAUUACUAACUUCGACCGCGAGAACUUCAAGAUCAACGCGAUGGCGAUAGGGGAGGAAUUUAUGAUUGGCAAGCAUACGCAAAAUGCCGAGGUGAAAGCCAUUACGUAUUCGGCAAUGCAAAUACACGAUCGUCCGCAAUCGGAACGUCCCGAAGUUUUCGUGAUCGUAGACAUAUAGUCGUUUGGGUCCAGAUCGACGUUUGAUUUCAUUCUUUGACGCGCCCUUGGAAGUUAACUUGGGAUAAUGUCUUAAAUACGAAAGUGGGGAUGACCACAUGUACAUAGAAGUAAGAAGGGAGCUUAUACAUCCCUUACGCCCUGCAUAGAGUACGAUCCUUUUGUAGCUGCGUAGGGUUCAAAUAAAUACGUUACGAAGAAAACACCGGGCUCCCUUCUUGACGACCUAUCUCAGGUACGGACCUCUGUUUCAAGGAACCCAAGUAUUCGCCGAAUAAAUUUUUCAAAUCAACUUUGUAUAAGCAAAAUAUAAUUACAUUAACAUAUGUUUCUCUAA